ACUUGCAUUAGCGCCCAACUUUUUUUAUAGACUCGUCAUUAGAACCAAUGAACGUUGACAUACUUGCAAUUAAAAGACCAAUUUAGAUUACAUUCUGUUCUAUAAAAACCUGCCAAUAUCCCUAUCGACUCUCAGUCCUAAUGUCAUUCGGUCAUCGUUAAGUCAAGAGUGGCCAAUAACCAAACAUGACGGAUCUGAAACCAAGUGAAAUUGAGACUGCAGAAUUUGCAUUCGGUGUGUACGGGCAGGAUGGCUUGUUGGACUCUACUUUAUUGGGCAAGUUGGUGAGAGGUAUGAAUCUCAAUCCUAGUCUUGCAAGACUUGAAGAAUUCGGAGUUUCUAAAAAUGAAGGAGAGAAGAAAUUCAAACUGGAAGAAGUCCUACCAAUAAUAUCGGCACUUAAAAAGGAAGUAAAAGAUAUGGGUUGCUAUGAAGAUUUCAUUGAAUGUUUGAAAUUAUACGACAAGAGGGGAGAUGACAAAAUGUUAGCUGGUGAGCUGACACAUGCCUUUCUUUCUUUAGGAGAAAGAAUGCCGGAGGACGAAGUUGAUGAGCUUAUGGAAGAUUGCCUUGACGAAGAAGAUGAUGAAGGAGAAAUAAAUUAUAUACCAUUCUUACAACGCAUGUGUGAAAAGGCACCCAUAUUGAAGAGGAAGAAGAAGUAAUUAUUGAAAUCAUCAAAUUAUGUGACAUAUUUUAUUUUCGAAGGAAAUAAAAAUCUAACAUUUCAA